AGAGCUCAGGCGCGUAAAUAGAAAGUGAGGGCUCUGGGGAGUGGGUAGAGCGUCCUGUAUUCCCUGAGGAUGGUUGAACUACUGUGCUGGGGACUUGUUUUGAUACCCUGCCGCCUAAGUGUUUUUGGCUGGCACCGUGUCUGAGGACUCCAGCUGUUCUGAUGAUAGCCUAAGAAGAUCACACGCUGUUCCCUCUCAGCGCCAAGCCAGGCCCAUUCGGAACCGUGGCUCUCAGUCCUUCAUGGAGACCAGCUCCCAGCAGGAAAUUGGCACCCAGAUGGUUCCUCCAUGUGACGUUGUCUCUGGAUGUGGGCUGACUAGAGGACACCUGGAGGCCAGGCCAGCCCUUUGUCAGUCAUUCGUGUCGGGGCAGCAUGGUGCGGAUUCCGAGGAGGAAGCUUCUGCCAUCUUGCCUUUGUAUGACAGCCACUGUCUUUCUGAUGGUGACAGUCCAGGUAGUGGUUGAGCUUGGGAAAUUUGAAAGGAAGAAGUUUAAAAACUCCGAUUUGCAAGAUGGACAGAAAGAUGUGGAGGGAGAUCCCAAACACUUGAACCCACUUCCUAAAAAGGACGCACUGGCCUUGUCUGGGAGGAACAAGGUGGAUGCUGGUAGCUACCCCAUUGUGCUGUGGUGGUCUCCACUGACUGGAGAGACUGGCAGGCUCGGCCAGUGUGGGGCAGAUGCUUGCUUCUUUACUAUCAAUAGAACCUUCCAGCAUCAUCCUAUGACCAAGGCCUUCCUCUUCUAUGGUACUGACUUUAACAUAGACAGCUUACCUCUGCCUCGGAAAGCCCAUCAUGACUGGGCCCUUUUUCACGAAGAGUCCCCCAAAAACAAUUAUAAACUCUUCCACAAGCCAGUCAUCACCUUAUUCAACCAUACGGCCACAUUCAGCAGGCACUCCGACUUGCCACUGACUACACAGUACCUGGAAAGUGUAGAAGUCUUGAAGUCACUCCGAUACUUAGUUCCUUUACAGUCUAAAAACAACCUGAGACAAAAACUGGCCCCACUGGUGUAUGUUCAGUCGGACUGUGAUCCACCAUCAGACAGGGACAGCUAUGUUCGGGAGCUGAUGGCUUACAUUGAAGUUGAUUCCUAUGGCGAGUGUUUACAAAACAAACAUCUCCCUCAGCAGCUGAAAAACCCUGCCUCUAUGGAUGCUGAUGCCUUCUACAGGGUCCUUGCCCAGUAUAAGUUCAUCCUUGCUUUUGAGAAUGCAGUCUGUGAUGAUUACAUCACCGAGAAGUUCUGGAGACCACUGAAGCUGGGAGUGGUGCCGGUGUAUUACGGAUCUCCCACCAUCGCAGACUGGCUUCCCAGUAACAGAAGUGCCAUUCUUGUGUCAGAAUUUUCUCACCCCAGAGAACUGGCAAGCUUCAUCAGGCGACUGGAUUAUGACGACGGAUUGUAUGAGACCUAUGUGGAGUGGAAGCUAAAGGGCGAGAUCUCUAACCAGCGACUUCUGACAGCUCUCCGGGAACGGGAGUGGGGCGUGCAGGACAUCAACCAGGACAACUACAUUGACACAUUCGAGUGUAUGGUGUGCCGCAGGGUAUGGGCCAACAGGAGGCUACAGGAGCAGGGCUUACCACCCAAACAAUGGAAGGCAGACGUUAGCCACCUGCAUUGCCCAGAGCCUACGCUGUUCGCCUUUUCAUCUCCAGCUUCUCCGGCCCUACGUGGGAGAUCAUUGCGAGAGCUGUGGCUACCCAGCUUUCAACAGUCUAAGAAGGAAGCCCAGGCACUGAGGUGGCUGGUGGAUAGGAACCAAAACUUUUCAUCGGAAGAGUUUUGGGCUCUAGUAUUUAAGGACUCAUUUUAAAAGGUACUAGACUGACAGAGUAAGCUUAAUUCUCUUGGUGGCCUUAAUAUUUGAAGAUGAAAGAUGAUGGCUAUUCCACCGAGCCUCCUUUAGGAUAGGGAGUAAUUGUAGCAGUUCUCACAAAGAGCCCUGGCAAGUAGUAGCUGUGAAUUACUCCUAGCAGUUGCCUCUGUAUUUUUAGACUUUUAAAAAUGGACAUUGGGUGCCUUCAGGUUAUGCAUUUGGACCCAGGGACUGGCUGUCUUCUGUGGAAACCAACCUAACGUCCUGAGCUUUCCUUGCUGCACAGUUCGUUGUGAGUGCGUGAUAUGCACCUCCCUGUCAGCAGCUCACUGGUCCUUGGCCAGCCCAGUUUCUUGAGGCUGGGAAUGAAUGAACCAUAUCAGAACUUGGCAGUGAGAGUCUCCAUCUGUUCUCAGGGAAGUGAGUGAGUAAGAAAAGCUCUAUCGGGCUCCUCUGCUCCCCCAGUCCAUGUUCCCAUUUUCCUUCCUUUCCUCACCUGCAAGCCACCUCGCUAGCCUCCCCUGUAUUCGCCUCACCUGUGCCCUCCUCGCAUUUCCCUCUGAAGGGGAAUUUUCUAGAAAGCUGUAACUUCUCCUGGCUUCUCCACCAGUGAGAUGUCAAUGAUAGUUUCUGAUCCAACAGAGGCAGGAGAGGAAAAAUAGUCAGCUUCGUGGCAAACAGCCAUUUGUUUUGAUCAAGUUGUGGGAUGCCAGUGCCCUGGGCUCUCCUCUGGUUUGAAGCUGAUUGCCCGUAGAAUGAUGGAUACAGCCUGUCAGUGGGGGCAGGCAGGCUGCCGAGGAGCGUUUCCUAGUUUCCAAGGCUGACACCGGCAAAGGUUCAGCUGGGUUAUCUGGUUCCCUGCUGGAGCUCUCUGAAAACAAGGAACCACACUGACUUUCAUUCCAGUAGAUGGUAGGAAGACUUCUGGCCCACAGCAAAGCCUUUUGGUAACUGGUGUGUUGGCCUUUGUGUUUAUGUGGGAAGGCAAGCCAUUGAUCUCUCCAGCUGUGGCAGCCAGUCUGCGAGAUGAGGAUUGAAAGCGACCCAUUUUUGAUGAGCGGUCGGGUCACCUUGCUGGUGGCAGAACCUGCCUGUGGAGAGUUUCUCCUCAUCUCACAUCUGUCACGGACUAAACAUGGGCGUAGACAAAUCUCUUAACCUCCCUGGACCUUGAAUUUGUAUCUUAGGAAGAAGUGGCCUUUGAAGUUGUGACUUUUUAAAUUACUCAUCCGAGUUUAAGACGGUUAAUUUCACAGGUGCUUUUUACUCAAGUGGGAAUAAACUGGCAUAGAUGUGUGUUUCUCAAAAGAAAUAUAGUCUUUGGAGGAAGGGUCGUAUGCAUUUUACAUAAUAUUGGAAAUGAAGGGGAUUCUCUAUUAUUUUAUCUAAUAACAUCAACACAGUAAGUGUUUGAAAAGGGGUUGUUGGUGUAAAGUCAGGCCUUAAACUGUAUGCUUAAUGAAGUGGAAUUCUAUCUGAAUCCUCAGAAAUGGUCUGCAAAAGGAUUUAUAUCUUUGACACAAUAAAACAGUAGCUUCACUUUGCAUAAUUGUCUAAAACUAAUGCUCAGUGCUUUCAUGUGUGUCUCAAAUCUCAAUAUGUCAGGCGAUUCUUAAAACUUUUUUGAGAGCUUCAAAUAUGCCAUGACGGAGAUGAUUCUCUCCCUCUCCUCCCAAUGCCCCUGCAGUGUCCUCCCCUCCUUUGUCUCCUUUUAAAGUCGAACACAGAAUAUUCUCUCAUACAAUAUAUCCCAACCACAGUUUCUCCUCCCUUCACUUUGCCUAGCUCCCCUCCACCUUCCCUCUCCUGUAGAUCUACUCUCCCUCCAUUUCCUCUUCAUAAAGACCUCCAAGAAAACAGCUCAAUAGGACAAAACAAGGUGCAGUAAGACAGGCAACAGCCCUAAUAUUGAGGCUGGGUAUUGAAUAUAUAUUAGAACACACUCAAUCCGGUUAGUUCCGGUUAGUGCUGCUCGUCUGUGCAUGGAUAAGCAACCACACACUGGUGCCUAGAACACUCUCAGCGUCCACUUUCUCAACUGUAAGUGACUCCUUUGUGAGGCACAGAGUCUGGCGAUAGACUGUGACUGACUUGAUCUUUUGCAGGUCUGUUAUCGUUAACCCCAGCUGCAGUGAGCUCAGCUGUGUGCCUCAAUGGCGUGUCUAGAAGAUGGCAUUUCACAACACUGGUUCCUAUCCUCCCACUCUUCUGUUCUCCCCAUCCCCCUUUCCUCAGUGUUCCCUGAGCCUGACUGGAGCAGACGUUUGAGGUAGAUGUCCCUUUUACGGCAGAGCCUUUCAUUCUCAGUACUUCUGACCAGUUAUAUCUCCCCAGUGGUUGUUACCCGCUGCAAAGAGAAGUUCGUCUAAAGUUCUGUUCUAGGUAUAAACAAAAUUUAUUUCCUUUUUUAAAAUAAAUUACUUUUUCUAGAAUUUCAUACAUCGAUAUACUUUAUUAACAUCGUUUCCACCCAUCUUCCUCUGCCCCAACUUCUUUCCCUCACUCCUUUUCAAAUUCAUAACUUAUUUGUUUAUAAUUAAUAUUACAUAUAUAAACACAUAUACGUGUAUAGAACGUACUAAGUCCAUUUAGUGUUGCUUCUAUGUUCAUGUGUUUAGGCUUGACCACUUGAUGUUGGGGUAUAACUCUAACCCUAACCCCUAACCCUAAACGUGAUUUUUUUUGUUGUGGGAACAAAGUCCCCGCUGGCUUCCCACAGCUCAGGUAAGCCACCAGUUCUGUUCCUGUCCUUGAGGCUCCCUCCCAGUCUUGUACCUAGAGAAAACUGUUUUGUUUUUUUGUUUUUUGUUUUUUUUUCUCUUUCUCUCAGCAGCCACUGACUGCCCAUAAUUUUUUUUUUAUGAUACCAUUGUGUAUUUUUAUUUUUUUUUCUCUUAGGAUCAUUUAUUAAAAAAAAAGUAAAAUAAUUGCAAGCUGAAUGCAGAAACACAUCAAUACAUCAUCCAUCUUAGUCUAGUAGAUUUCAUUCAAGACAUGAAGGGAUGAUUCAAUAUGUGGAAAUCCAUUGAUAUAAUUCAGUAUAUAAAAACUGAAAAAAAAAGUCACAUGAUUAUAUCAUUAGAUGCUGAAAAAUAUCGGGAAAAUUCCAUCAUUUCUUUUCUUUUCUUUUUUUUUUAAAGACACCUUCACACUCUUUACUCCCUUUACCUAAUGCAUCCUUAAUGCACAAACAACCUAAAGAAUCCAAUUAAAAGAAUCGAAGUUUACAACACGGCGGGACAGCGAGACCGCCAUGGUUCUAUAUCAUGACACAGUGAGUGAAGGGUUAAUUUGGAAUUUCUGCUCCAUAAACUGUUCCCAAAUGGUUUGCUGCACCCAUAAGAGAUAAAUACACAAUACUGCUGCUGCUGAUCCAUAGUGUGGCUUCUUUUCUUUUCUUUUCUUCUCUUUUCUUUUUUUUUUAAGCUGAGCACAACUAUUAUCAUUUUGUAAUUAAAAGCAUAAAAUAUAUCUAACACCCAGUCCCACACUACAUCAGUUAUACAGAAUAUUUAGUUAUCCAUUCCAUUAUUAUCCAUUAUUUAAGAAAGGCCUAAAAUCUAUAUUAUAUCUUGCUAGCUUGUACACUAUCUGAUAACUAUCCAAUAAAAUAUGUAUUUUCAGAGUUAAACAGCCUGAUAGGCUAUGAAACUAGAAUCAGUCUUCAACCCCAUCAGAAAUCUGAGAACGACCAAAUAUCUAUACACAUAGGAAGCCUAACAUGGCUUCCAGAACUGAGAGGUUGUAGAGACAAAUCUCCACUAGUGCAGUCGCCUGUUAGGAACAUGUGAGUGCAAGUCUUCAGUCUUCGGGCCCAAAAUCAACUGACAGACUCUUGAAAUGGAGAUUUUGAAGGGCUAAUCACCCUGUCUUGGCAGAGUUUAUCAGUCAAAUAUUCUGCAUAAUUUGUCCUUUUCUGGACAGUAUAGUCUGCAGAUGAAACAGGCAGUUUUGUCAAGUGGCUGCCCAGCCACAAAUUAUUUCCUCACCUGAAGGUAGAGAUGUUCACAUUCUUCGUCCAGGGUUGUUUCCAUGUGUUCUUUCUUGAUUGCUUCUAUUUCCAUUUUUAAUUCCUUCAACUGUUUGAUUGUGUUUUCCUGGAAUUCUUUCAGGGAUUUUUGCGAUUCCUCUCUGUAGGCUUCUACUUGUUCUCUAAGGGAGUUCUCCACGUCUUUCUUGAAGUCCUCCAGCAUCAUGAUCAAAUACGAUUUUGAAACUAGAUCUUGCUUUUCUGGUGUGUUUGGAUAUUCCAUGUUUAUUUUGGUGGGAGAAUUGGGCUCCGAUGAUGCCAUGUAGUCUUGGUUUCUGUUGCUUGGGUUCCUGCGCUUUCCUCUCGCCAUCAGAUUAUCUCUAGUGUUACUUUGUUCUGCUAUUUCUGACAGUGGCUAGACUGUCCUAUAAGCCUGUGUGUCAGGAGUGCUGUAGACCUGUUUUCCUGUUUUCUUUCAGCCAGUUAUGGGGACAGAGUGUUCUGCUUUCGGGCGUGUAGUUUUUCCUCUCUACAGGUCUUCAGCUGUUCCUGUGGGCCUGUGUCUUGAGUUCACCAGGCAGGUUUCUUGCAGGGGAAAAGUUGGUCCUACCUGUGGUUCCAAGGCUCAAGUUUGCUCGUGGGGUACUGCCUAAGUCCUCUCCGCGGCGGCAGCAACCGGGAAGAUCUGCGCCGCUCUUUCCGGGAGCCUCCGUGCACCAGGGUUCCAGAUGGCGUUUGGUGUUUUCCUCUGGCGUCUGGACGUGCGCAGAGUGCAGUCUCUUCUGGUUUCCCAGGCGUGUCUGCCUCUCUAAGGGUUUAGCUCUCCCUCCCACGGGAUUUGGGUGCAGAGAACUGUUUAUCCGGUCUGUUUCCUUCAGGUUUCGGCGGUGUCUCAGGCGCAGGGGUCCUGCCGUUCCUGGGCCCUCCCCUACGGGAACCCAGAGGCCUUAUACAGUUGCCUCUUGGGCCAGGGAUGUGGGCAUAGGUGGGCAGUGUUAGUGGUCUCCUCCGCUCUGCAGCCUCAGGAGUGCCCACCUGACCAGGCGGUGAGGUCUCUCUCCCACGGGGUUUGGUAGCAGAGAGCUGCUGCGGGCCGGGAUCCGCGCGUGUGGGACUUCCGGUAAACACAGGAAGUGCCCGGUCCUAGAGGAAUUUUGCCUCUGUGUGUCCUGAGUCUGGACGUGCGCAGAGUGCAGUCUCUUCUGGCCUCCCAGGCGCGCCCGCCUCUCUCCAUAAUUCUUUAUCUAGGGAUGAGCCCUCGUGUAAUUUCACCUAUUCCCAACGGCACGUUGACGGGUAUGGCCAUUACCUGUUCCCACCGGCAUGUUGACGGGUAUGGUCAUUAUGUAGGUCUUGUUUAGGCAACUGUUUCUGUUGAGACUUCAUGGGCACAACACUGAUGUCAUGGCUAGAAGACAUCUCACACCAGGUAGCAUGGUCCUCUGACUCUUACUAUUUUCCUUCCUUUCCUUCCCUCCCUCCCUCCCUCUCCCUCCCUUCCUUCCUUCCUUUCCUUCCUUUCCUUCCCUCUUUCUUUCUUUCUUUCUUUCUUUCUUUCUUUCUUUCUUUCUUUCUUUCUUUCUUUCUUUCGAUUUAUUUUAUGUAUAUGAGUACAUGGUCUCUCUCUUCAGACAGACCACUCAAGGGCAUCGGAUCCCGUUAUAGAUGGUUGUGAGCCACCAUUGUGGUUGCUGGGAUUUGAGGACUCAGGCUCUCUGGAAGAGCAGGCAGUGCUCUUAACCACUGAGCUAUCUCUCGAGCCCCUGUUUUCUUUUUAAAAUUGAAAUUGUUUUUCAGUCAACACCUUCUGAUUUCCCCUCCUCCACUCCGUCUCAUAUCCUCCUCACCUCCCCACCCACCUAUCUAUGACCUUUCUUGCUCUAAAACAAACAAAAACAAAUAUUAAAAAAGCAAGAGACACCCCAAACCCUCACAUUUGAAAGCAAAAUAUAUAAGCAAAAGACCGAUAAGACAAAAAAGUGUAAACAAAACAAAAUGAGCCAAAAAAAAAAUCUACAAAAAAAUGCCAUUGAGUUGUGUUGGCCAAGUACUCUUGGGCACAGGGUCUACCCUGAAGUGUGGUUGAUGUACUCAGUGACACUGUAUUGGUGAAAGCCAAUUUUUCCUUGGCCACCAGUUAUAAUUUGCACGUAGCUUCUUGGUUAAGGGUGAGAGCCUAUGCAGCCUUCCCCUGCUCAGUGCUUGGACUUCAUCUGUCAUAAACCUGUGCAGGUCCUGUGCAUGCUGCCACAGUCUCUGUGCGUUCAUAUGUGUAUCAGUCCUGCUCUGUCUGGAAGUCAUCCCAGCACGCAAGGGGAAAGGAUUCUUGAUCCUUGACCAGCAACUAAGGAAGGCAGUUGUCUUCUAGAGAAAGAGUCAUUUUUCUUUAAGGGUGUAGGCCACGCUCAUGUAGAUCAAGCAGCACCCAGGACUAUAUGGAUAGCAUUAAUUGGAGUCAGGGUUAUUAAAAAAAAAAAAAGAGGACAUGGCAUUGUGGGGUGUAGGAGGUUGGGCAUAUCUAGGAAGAACUAGGGAAAGAGUGGGUGAAUUUUAUUAAAAUGCAUUGUUUGAGAUUCUCAUUAGAAUUAAUAAAAUUAUUUUAAUAAAUUAUAAUAAAAUAAUUAAUAAAAAUAUUUUUCAUUGAGUAUAUUUUAAUGAAAAUAAAUGAGGCCUUGUGGGACCCUAGGUACCCACAGAUUUGAGACUUGCAUGCUUUGAGACAUUUUCGUUACUUAGCAUCUGCUGCUUCUUUUAUUAGGUCUUUCUUAGGACGAUGCCUUCUGACAGUCACUGUUGCAGGGUGAGAAGUGUCUCCUAAUCUCACAGGCUUCCUGUCUCCAAGUAGAAUUUUUGAAUGCCUUGGUGCACUUUCCUGUGUUUCUCCUAUCACACCAUGCUUCUCUACACCUCACUGUCUGUUAGCUGCUUCAAGGAGCCAUCAUAGUAAUGCCAGUGCAAUAGUCAUGUUACAGUACCUCAGUGUAUUUCACUCGGGUUAUUCACAAGGAUGAAGUUUCUCAGCAGCAUGAGAAGGUAAACAGGGCUGGAGGGAUGGCUCAGCAGUUAAGACCACUGACCGUUCUUCCAGCUGUUCAGUCAGUUCCUGAGUUCAAAUCCUAACAACCACAUAGUCGCUCACAACCACCUGUAAUGAGAUCUGAUGCCCUCUUUCUGAUCUCAAAGACAGCUACAGUGUACUUAUGUAUAAUAAAUAGAUAAAUAAAUCUUUUUUUUUAAAAAGAGAAACUACCAGGACUUUUAUGAAGAUGAUUACUAAUGUUUGCCCAUAGUCUUCGUGCCUUCACUUGAAAAUGGAGACUGUCGCGCACCCAAAGUCUCGCCAGCAAGAACGACGUGCGGACACCAGGAUCCUUCUGCAGCAAAGCAUUUAUUACAUCUUGAAGAGGAGAGACCCGGGGCCCAGAAAGGCGCUGCUUAUAUACACCCUAAUGUGGCGUGUCCACACCUGAUUGGUCGCUUACCCAUGAUCUCAUUGGCACGCCCCGGGGUGGGCAAAGACUUGGCGCGAACACACUCUUGCACAUGCGCACACAGCUAGCUUCCUGAAAGGAAGUCGGGCUGGUGGCAGCGGAAGCCAGCGCCAUCUUGUAAUGGCAAAUGCUAUCACGGCUUUCCACAGGAGACAGAUUUGACUUUUAGUCAAGCAACAGAUGUAAAGUUUCUGAGAUGAAAUGCUUACUGGUUUAAGGACUACAUUCUAGUAGCCAGAAUGUAAGUUAGAGCCAUUAUCAUUAUUAGUAACUGGAUGCAUAGUAGGUUGCUUGGAAGAAAAGUGAAAACACGUGUCUUUCUUCCCCAUUCGUACAUUAUGUAUUACAUGUAGGAAAGCUAGCUCAGUGUCUGCAGGACAUUGAGUCCAGCAGAGAACCAAACUGAAGCGAAAAGCCUCACAUGAUAUUAUGUAUUUUAUAAAGCCUUUACAACACAAUUCCUGCUAAAGAUAAUCAGGGAUCUUUUCUGGUGUUUUCUUCCCCUAGUUCCGGGAUGCCUAACUCACUUUAGGAACUUGGACAGCAGCACCUCAUUUCUGAUAACAAGUUCUAUCUUAGUCACAGACUAAGUGGCUUAUUUUCUAUACUGUCACAGGCUUGGUGGCUUACAAAUAAUAAAAAUUUGCUUCUUAUCUUUUUGGAGGCUGGGUCCAAAGGUCCUAAGGUCAAGGUGCCAGUAGAUUUGGUAUCUAGUCAGAGGCUUCUUGGCUCACAGAUGGUGGCCUUCUUGCUGUGACUCCCACAAAAGCAGGGGAGUGAGCUCUCUGAGGUUUAUUUUAUAACAUUUAUCCACCCAGAUGCCCUACUUACUUCCUAAAGGCUCUACCACUCUAUAUGGGUGUUUUGUUUUGUUUUGACAGGGUCUCACUAUGUAUCCCUGCCUGGCCUGGAACUGUCUGUAUACAUCUGGCUGUUUUCAGAUUCACAGACCUGCCUGUCUCUGCCUUCCAAGUGCUCAGAUUAAAGGUAUGCAGCAUCACAUCUGGCAAAUGGCAAAUAUUUGAUAUUAAAUUUUUAGCCUAUCCAGGCCAUACAUAGCACCAAUGUAGAGUAAGUCGACUCCUCAGGAGCAAGACAGGCACAGUUUGGCAUAAGUAAUGUGUCUUGGAGUAGUCAAGGUGUAGUGUAGAGGAUCAAACAAGAACAGUGGUUAGUUUUGUUUCAGAAAACUUGGAAGUCUUGACUAUUUUAUAAAAUGUCCUUACUGUACUGUAAUUAAAAAAUGUUAUUAGUGAAUAUUUUUACUGCAUAUUGUAUUAUCAACAUAUUCUAUAUCUACACAUAUAUGUUUAUAUAUACAUAUACUAUGUGUAUAUAUAAUAUAGCUUAAUAAAUAUAAAGUUCAUAUAUAUAUAUAUGAUAACUGGAAAUGUUAGGAAAAAGUCAAGGGAUAUAGAGUUAUGCCUAUAAUACUAGAGUAAGAAAAAUAGGACCAAUAUAUUAUAUUAAUUAUAAUAAUUAUACAUUAUAUUAUAUGUAAUAUUAUAUUAUAAUAUAUUAUAUUAAUUAUUUUUUCAAGUUACUUGGCCUUUUGACCCAUUUUGCCAUAUGCCUACUAUACUAGCUGUUGUUCUGGUGAAAUGGUUUUGACGACUAAAUAAGCAAAUGUUCAUAGUUUACAUUUUAUAUAAGUGUUGGUGUCCAUAGCCACUACUCUUUUAUUUGUGAAGACCGUGACUGAGAUCUGUCCAGGAAGACAGAUUGGGGAAUGAUAAGUUAUGGGGAUGCCUCUUUGUUCUUGUUUGUUAUUCGAUAUGUAUUUAUUGAAUGCUGUGAAAUAGGCAUUGUGUCAGGCGAUGGAAUGACGUAAGAUAUAAGCGAGAGAGGAGGUGAAAGGGUUCUGGGGAGGGCUUUGUGAUUUUAUUAAAACCAGGGACUAGGAGCUGCAGAGAAGGCUCAGUGAGUGAGAGCGUGGGCUGCUCUUGCAUAGCACCCAUGUUCGGCAGCUGGUUAAUCCAGCUCCAGGAGAUCUAAUGCCCAAUCCCGGACUCCAGGGAUAUCCUCACCCAUCCAUUCCUCCUUGACACUCUCCCUUUCCCUCUCCCUCUCCUUCCAAGGCCCAUAAAAUAAAUCAUAGAAAACCAAACAGGUAUGAAGGAAUGCCCAGAGUAUUCAUAGUUACCCUUGUGGGACUUUUGAUAGGUUUGCGCACAGCCUCAGACAGCAGAAUGACUGGAAUGGUCCUGGGAUAGGAAGGGACAAACCCUAUAAACCUGCCUGUUUGAUUGAUGAAUACGGUUUAGACCUGAAACCCAAGGAGGAUCUUUUGUUGCCUUCCCAUUACUCUGACCUGAGUCUUGGAACCAGGCCAUUUAAUGGACCCAGACUGAGAAAGAGGACAGAAUUGACUAGGUCUGUAGAUCUGUGUCCCAAUUAUUCAUUCCCAGAAGAUCAAUGAGGAGAAAGAAAAGAGAAACCUGAGAAGUCUUCUGGGAGCAGACCUGCUCUCUCCUGUGCUCCAUGUGGUGUGGAUGUGGGAUUACACAUACAACAGCGCAGGAGUGAGCCUUUAUACACACUAGUGACUUCUCUCCCUGUAACUUUGGCCCAUCGCUUUCCCAGGCUCACAUGCAUGGACUUAGAACCUUAAUAGGGUUAGAGAUAGGGCUCAUUGAGGAUCUGGGGAAGGGCUUGCAGUGUGGGGUACAGCAGAGGUGACCCCCUAGGAUUUCAUUCUCAUUGUGUCGGGAUGGACAGCCUGAUUUUCAUCAGUCAGAGGUGAGGCCCUAUCUGAGCAGUCAUAACAUAACAAGAGAGACCUUUAUCUGUCUUCAUGGGCUUCUUGUCUGUUCUCUGUUGCUCCUUUAUACUUCCUAGAGCAGUGAUCUGGGAGGUUCCUUUAAUCUGUUCCACUGAAGCUUGUGAAGUGUGUCAGGACUGGACAGUGAUGGCUGCUUCAGAGGACAUAAGUCCUCUAUGUUGCUUACGAACCCCACGUCAUCCAAUCAGGAGCACAAGAAGACGUUCUACAAGUAGCUGACAAAGGGUGAUACAACUAUUCAAAAUUUUGCUACCAUGGACCUAAUUUUUAACAACGAUUGAGCUGAUUAUGAGGUUUAAAGACUAUCACUGUAGGUGAUGGGAGUUUUAAUGGUUUUGAGGCUGACCAUAAUCUAAGAGCUUUUGAGAUGAACUUAAGUUGUUUCUCAAACACACAGAGUAAACUCCUUAGACGAAUCUACUCAAAGGAGGGGAGAGAGGGCAAUAUUAUAAAAGAAUGUCCGUGAUAAAGCAAUAAAAAUGAUUAAUUAAA